AUGUCUUUGGAGUUGCAAAAAAAUUUGGAUCAUAUGGAGAAGUUAGGUGAUGGAAUAAAUGGAGAUUUGUUGUAUUACAACAUAGAUAGGUGGUCCAAGGUCUACUUUAAAUACCUCAGCUGUUGUGAUAGUGUUGACAACAACAUGGCCGAGAGUUUUAAUUCCUGGAUUUUGGGGCCAAGGCACAAGACCAUUAUCACAAUGCUUGAGGAAAUUAGAGUCAAAAUGAUGAGAAGGGUAGGACAACUAAGAGAGUUUUCUGAGACUUGGAUAACAAACAUCAGCCCAAUGGCUUUGAAGGUAUUGCAAGAGAACACAUCAAAGUCAAUGAAGUGUACUCUUGAAUGGAAUGGUGAAUAUGGCUUUGAGGUCAAGGACAGCUGGGGUAAUAAAUUCAUAGUAAAUCUGAACAGCAAUACUUGCACUUGUAGAUCUUGGAUGCUGAAAGGUAUUCCCUGCUGUCAUGCCAUAGCUGCACUUCAUUUCAGAAAAUUGGAACCUAUUGACUAUGUUGCACAUUGGUACACUAAGGACACUUACCUCAAAACAUACAACUCAUUCAUUCAACCUGUUACUAAUAUGGCAAUGUGGCCAAAGACAACCAAUCCUCCUGUCCUCCCACCUGAGAUUAAAAAGCUGCCAGGUAGGCCAAGGAAGUGUAGAAGAAAGGAGCAGACAGAAAACAAGACAGGGAAGCUGUCAAAAAGAGGUGUUGAGAUGACCUGCAGCUUGUGCCAUGCAAAGGGUCACAAUAAGAAGGGUUGUCCUAUGAAUCCACAAUCUGUGAGAGGCAGAGGAAGGGCAAGGGGGAGAGGGACAAGUACUAGUUCAACAAGGUCAAGUGUUGGUUCUUCUACGGUACCAAGUAAUUCCCAACCAAGUAGAGGAAGGGGAAGACCAAGAGGUUCUACCAAACAGGCCAUGGCUGCUGCAGCAUUUCAAUCUGGAAGGGGUACAGGACAGUCAUCUACAUCACAGGCUUCUGAUGCAAGUGGUCGAUUCUUGGAAGAGGGCACCCCUUUAAGAGGCCAAGAGUUGUGGGAAUGGGAGUACUUCAGACCCAAAGUGGUUUCAAAAUUGGCAAUGUAA